AGCAAGUAAAUAUUUCAAAAACUAAUAUAUUAAAUGUGAAUGUGUCAUUAAAUCAUUUUAAGUGACAUUUGACAUAAAUACUUUCUUGACACAGAUGUUCGAAUUAAAUUAUCUUUAAAAGCAAAUAUGUAUGCAACUAUUCUUAUUCUUGAUGAUUUUCAAAGUUAAAUCAGAAUCUGUUCAUCUAUGAUAUUGAAUAUGUGGAAUUUUUGGCAUGCCCAGUUAUGGGUCAUAUUAUUUUUAUUAUUUAUAAUUGGUUAUUCUACCGAAGAAAAUAAUCAUUGUGGAAGUCAUAUAAACAGACAGUCACAUUAUACUAAAAAUGGUGAAGAACAAUGUUCGAUGAAUGAUAUUCAAAAAAUAAAGAAAAGGAACAAUCAAGAAAAAGCAAAUAUUGAAAAUAUGGCUAAAAUAACAGGUGGUACAUUUUCAAUAGGAACAAAUAGUCCAAUUUUUGUAGCCGAUGGCGAAGGACCACGAAGAGAAGUUGUCUUGGAUAGUUUCUACAUAGAUCAAUUUGAAGUAAGCAAUAAGGAUUUCUCAGAGUUUGUCAAAUUAACCGGAUAUAAAACAGAAGCAGAACAAUUUGGAGAUUCCUUCGUGUUCGAAGGUCUUAUAGAAGAAGAUGUUAAGAAAGAAAUAAAACAAGCGGUUGCACAAGCACCAUGGUGGUUACAUGUUAAGGGAGCUACGUGGCAACAUCCUGAAGGUCCUCAAUCAACUAUAAAACACAGGAUGGAUCAUCCAGUUACACAUGUUUCUUGGAAUGAUGCAUUCGCAUAUUGCAAUUGGUUAGAUAAAAGAUUACCAACAGAAGCAGAAUGGGAAGUUGCAUGUAGAGGAGGAUUAUCAGACAAAUUAUUUCCAUGGGGAAAUAAAUUAACUCCCAAAGAACAGUUCAGAGCAAAUAUUUGGCAAGGAGAAUUUCCAUACAAUAAUACGAAAGAGGAUGGAUUCGUUGGUACUGCUCCUGUUACAGAAUUUCUACCAAAUUCAUAUGGAUUACACAAUAUGGUUGGUAAUGUUUGGGAAUGGACAUCAGACUGGUGGUUCAUAAAGCAUUCCAGUGAUCGACAAACAAAUCCUAAAGGACCACCGAGUGGUUCAGACAAAGUAAAGAAAGGUGGAUCGUACUUAUGUCAUAAAAGCUAUUGUUAUCGAUACAGAUGUGCUGCACGUAGUCAAAAUACACCUGACACAUCUGCUGGAAAUCUUGGUUUUCGAUGUGCAAUGUCAGCAUAGCAUGUAUGUAUAAAGGUCUUUCAAAAAUGAAUAUAUUUUUUUAUUAAACUUUU